AUGGAAGAUGCCAAACGCUCAGGGGCUCAUUUAGAUACAUCGCCCAUCACUUCUAUGCAGAAAUCCGUCUCAUCUGCGACACCGGCCGUGCGACCGGCCGAAGACGUCCCGAGCGCUGCUCCGCCAAAAGCUCGUCGGCGCGGGAGGCCACCCAAGUCCACGAGCACUAGUCGCGCGCCUGCCACAGCUUCUGUCCCACCACCGCCAGCGACACGCGUGAUUGCGUCGGACACACCACCACCCAUGGUUUUCCAAUGCUUUCAAUGCUUGUCUAUCGUCGGUGAUUCUACAUCUUGGAUCAUGGCUCAGCGUCAGCUUGGAUUCAUUGUGCUGCGUGAUGUCACUGACAAGGUUGUGGCCCUCGAGUUCCAUACCAUGUCAGACGACAUCGGGUGGGAAAGGUACAAGUUUGCCCCUCUUGCCUGUGCUCACUGUGAUCAAGUGCUCGGCCGCAUGUAUAAGGACACGCCCCCCGAAUGGUCGACGCUGCGGGCCGCAUACUGCCUUUCGCAUUCUGCGCUACUUGUGUACCAACUUGGAUCCACGCGCUCGUCUCAGAGCGGCUCGGAUAUUGACUUUGGCGGCCUGUCCGCUCAUGAUGGUGACGAUGACAAGGUUUCGCGCAGUCCAUCGCCGCAUAUACCCUCCAAACUACCACCUAUCGUUUCUGUAAAUGCGUCAGCAGAAGCUGAGCAUGACAAGGACCUCGGCAAGAUCCGUACGUUGCUAAUGGCGAUGGGCGAGCGCCUCUUGCGCCUCGAGCAGCAGAUACCCUCGCUACAAGCAUCUUCGCAGGCUCCCUUGAUACCCUCUAUGAACGAUGGUGUGACGCACCGUGCUACUCCAUCCUCCUGGGACGGUAUUACGCGCAGCCCGUCUUUUCACGGGCCCGUCCAGCCCGGUCGGUCCUUUCUUCUCGACGACCUUUCUAGUCGCCGGCUGCCGCCUCUCGCGCCUGUGGACGAUGCACGCUGGAUCAGCACGCCGCAUCAGCACCGUUCUCCGACAUCCACCGAUGCCUUAUCCCGGGCGCCCUCAGUAUGGGCGCGUCAUGCAUCGACGGGCUUAUGA